AUGGUCGUACCAAUUGAUAAUCACUUCGACUUCAUUGUCGUUGAAGGUGGAACUGGAGGCAACACAGUUGCCGGCCGUCUGGCUGAGAACGCUAACGUGAAAGUCCUGAUCAUCGAAGCCGGUCCCGGACACAACAAAGACAUCCCCGAGAUCCAGACUCCAGCACGCGCUUUCGAGCUCCGUGGAAGCCAAUAUGACUGGGCUUACAAAACUACCAUGAUCGACCGCGAAGAUUACACCCGAGUAGAAACGCCCAACACUCGUGGAAAGGUCUUGGGAGGUAGUAGUGCUCUUAAUUAUUACACCUGGAUCCGAGGUAGCAAAGCUACUUUUGACGAUUGGGAGGAAUAUGGUGGUUCAAGCUGGACUUGGGAUCAAUGCAAGGAGUAUUUCGACAAGCCAGCCAACUACCACGAUGAUAGCCAUCUGUAUAAUCCAGAUUUGGCGAAGCAUGGUCGUAAUGGUCCACUAGAUGUUGCUGUUUCUGAUAUGGUGCCUGAGCUCGAGCCAUUCCGUAAAGCAUUGUCCAGUGCGUGGGUCAGCAAGGGAGGAAUCCUUAAUGACGAGAUCUACAAUGGAGAAAUGCACGGAUUGGCUCGUUGCAUGAAUACUAUUUACAAAGGUGUACGCUCUACAUCUGCCCUCUUCCUCAAAGGAAAACCAAACAUCACUAUUCUCGGCCACACUCACGCCAAACAGAUUCUCAUCGAAGAUGGAGCCGCUACCGGAGUCGUAGUAAUUACAGCUGAAGCCGACGAACUAACCAUCCGAGCCAAAAAGGAUAUCAUCGUCUCAUCUGGCGUGUAUGAAACUCCCAAACUGCUCAUGUUAUCUGGAAUUGGCUCCGUCGAAGAACUUGCUCCUCAUGGGAUCGACGUCAAGGUCGAAUCACAACACGUUGGGAAGAAUCUUCUCGACCACCCCAUCAUGCCCCACGUUUUUAGACUCAAAGACGGCCUAGGACUCGAAGAUCAUCUCCUACGAGCCGGUCCCCAACACGAUGGUGCUAUUAGCGCCUACCGAAAGAAUAAGAGUGGUCCAUACAGUAGUGGUCUUCUCGAACUCGUUGGUCUGCCUCGCAUCGACGAAUAUCUCGCGACAAGCAAAGACGAUGCCUUCCAAUGGCAUAUCCCUACACCACCUGCGGGAUCCUGGCUUACCGUUAUCGUUGAUCUACUCCGUCCUCUCUCGCGCAAUGGUUAUGUAAAACUCAAUUCUACCAAUCCACUUGAGCAGCCAAUUAUCAACCUCAACUUCUUCUCCAAUGAUUUGGACCUCGUCGCCCUGCGUGAAGGAUGUCGAUAUGUGGAUGAUAUCCUAAUGAACGGCGACGGAAUGAAAGAUAUCAUAGGGGAGGAUUAUCCAUGGCCCAUGCCCAGAAAUAGCGAUGAGGCUAUGAAUAAGAUGAUUUUAGAGAGAAGUCAGACUGGAUUCCAUCCAUGCAGAACUGCCCGCCUCGGGAAAUCCAUCGAGCAAGGUGUCGUUGAUCACGAACUUCGGGUGUUUGGUGUUAAGAAUCUUCGUAUCACUGAUGCAUCCGUCUUCCCCGUCAUUCCAGAUUGCCGAAUCCAGAAUGCUGUUUACAUGGUUGCUGAAAGGGGUGCUGAUUUUAUCAAGGCUGCUCAUCCGGAUCUAUACCAGUAA